CUGUUCGUCAUUCAGAUUGGAGGUCGCCUUAAAAUUUUUUUCCCACAAGAAGUCGUCACUUGGAAGCGGGUGAGGAAAGCAGGUGUCGAAGAGUUUAUCAAGUACUGCCAAGAAGGUGAAAAGAAUCCACGAUGCUCAGGAUUUGUUACAGCGGACAACAAACCUGCUCUUCCCGAGUCCGCCAACGCAACUGUCUUAGCAAAUGGUACUCUGAUAAUAAAUCCGUUCAGGGAAACCGACGUUGGCACAUAUACCUCACCAGACCUCACGCCAGGGGUAUGUUUUCGUUCAAAGCGCACGAAUAAUGAUAUAAGAAAGGGUUGUACUCAUAAGAGGCUCGGUGCUUUUUGA